UCUCCAACUUAAUACAUACGUAAACGACAACACUUUAAAUUUUGGUCACUCUCUUAAUACUUGUAUAUAUUUCAUAUCUUUCAUUCUAUAUAUUUCCCUUCUAAAGUCUCUAGCUAGUUGUUGAAGCCUUGAAGGUGGCAAUAAUGGCCGGAGCUCGAGUUUCCAUGGAAGUCGGAAAUGACGGUGUUGCCCUCGUUACUUUCUCAAAUCCUCCCGUUAACGCCUUGGAAAUUACAACAUUAAUGAAAUUGAAAGAAGUUUAUGAUGAAGUUAUAAGGAGAAAUGAUGUCAAAGCCAUUGUAAUAACUGGUGCGAAUGGAAAGUUUUCAAGCGGAUUUGACCUCAAAUUUAUUAAGCUAGUGCAAGAGACAAGUAAAACUUAACUUUAUUUGCUUACGAUUUAUUUUCAUUUAUAUUAGCAAUAUAGCAUAUUAGUUAUGAAAUUGACUAUGAUAUACAAUUAUACAUGGUACUUGGUUUAAUAUAUAUAGGGGAUUUAUCUAUAUUGCCGAAAAGAUUUGCUACUCAAUUGAUCAACA